CCGGUGGAGUGAAUGGGUGGGCGGGGAAAAGUGGCGCAACGACAUGCGCGCGCUCUGACCAAACGCUGGGACACUUGGUUGGAUACUGAACGGCGCGCCGCAGAUCCACGCACACGCACACUCACGCGCACACUCUCAAAGAGACACGCGCAUAUCCACACACGCGCAGCGCAGACAUACACGCACUGGAGCGCAUACACACGCAUGAGAGCGCACACACACACAAACACACACACAGGAGCGUAUUAACACACGUGAAGGAGCGCGUACGGACCAGGAUGGCGAAAGAUGCACGAGAGAAAGAUGUGACCAGAAAAUUCAGUGCAUCCCAUUGGAGGCUGCAGAACAUCGUGCAGGAGUCCAUGGACAGCUCGGAUGAGGAGUUCUUUGACGCCAGAGAUGUGAUGGAAGGAAAGACAGCUAUCCUACUGGGGAUGAGCCAGUGGAACUCGAAUGAUCUGGUGGAGCAAAUCGAGACCCUGGGCCAUCUGGAGCGCUCACGAGAAAGCCUGUACAGACUCAGACACCCUCGUUGUGCACCACAGAGCAGUGUCGAUGGUCUGGAGGACAUGGAGAAGAAAUGCAGGACGCAGCUGCUGAUCCUAGUUGUUCACGGAGGUCACAUUCUGGACUCUGGAGGAGGUGAUCCAGGUGGGAAGGCAGGAGAUGCGGCAACGCUGGCGUCCGUGUUGGAGCGCGUGGCUCGUGCUCACUUCCAGGAAGCGGCAGACAGCAUGCUAGUGCGUUUGGUGGCCUGCCCUCCUGUGUGUGCCGAAGCCUUCUCGCUCGUUUCUCAUUUAAAUCCGUACAGCUACGACGAGAGCUGCGUUUGCAGUAGCGUGGAUCACCUGCCCUUGGCCGCUCUGCCCAUUCUUGCCAUUGCUGCUCCUCAGUACCAGGACGCUGUUGCCAUGGUGAUCGCUCAGGCCAAUCAGGUGUAUCGCGACUUCCUCCAGUCUUCUGAGGGGUUUGGCUUCACCGGCCAGGUGUGCUUGGUGGCUGACUGUGUCGGUGGAGUGCUUUGUUUUGAUGCGCUGUGUUUCAGCGGCGACAAGCGGCACGGAAGUCCCGAGACAAACACUAUAAACUACAGCACAGAGAGCCUCAAGGAGAAACCUGGACUGGUGAGCAGUCUGAGUCCCACUCUGAGUAGCAGCAAGCGUCUGAGUAAGAGCAACGUUGACGUUUCAUCACCGUGCGAGCCGGCCCGAGGCCUCCGACGUCCACCCAUCCGCAAGCAGAGCGACUCAUGCGACACGGACAUCGCCGGAUGUCAGCGGGACGUCUUCUUUAGCAGUCUGUCUCAGGAUGAGCAGAUGAGCUCAGUACAGGCUCAGUAUCCAGGCUGCUUCGACUUUGAGGUUUCAGACUGCUUUCUGCUGGGCUGCCCGCUAGGACUGGUGCUCGCCAUGAGGAGAACCGUGCUGCCGGAUUUUCUGAUUUCCCAGUUGCGUCCAGCCUGCUCACAAAUCUUCAAUCUGUUUUACCCGUCUGACCCAUCUGCCUCACGUCUGGAGCCCCUGCUGUACCCACCUCUCACUCAGCUGCCCCCCUUCACUGUGCCACGCUACCAGCGAUACCCCCUGGGCGACGGGCGCUCCACUCUCAUCGCUGACACUGCGGUUAAACAGCCGUUGGAAGGAAGCACGGAAAUAGUUCAGUCUGGAUGCUGCAAGACAGUGAGUGAUGGGACGUCUUCGAACACAGAGGCCAAGGACAGUCAGACGGGAUGCACAGUCUCACAGCUGUGUAGCACCUGGUGGGGCAUUAAGCGCCUGGACUAUGUGCUCUACUGCCCUGACGUGCUCACGGCGUUCCCCACUGUAGCGCUGCCUCAUCUGUUCCAUGCUUCAUACUGGGAGUCUACAGAUGCUGUGGCCUUCAUCCUCAGACAGGUGCUGCGCUGUGACUGUUUGAAGGCAGGUGAAGCAGACUGCUGCGACUCGGUGCCCAUCUCUCCUUCCAGCCCUCGAGAGAAGUGGCUCCGCAGAAGAACACAUGUCAAACUGCGGAACGUGACGGCUAACCACAGAGUACAUGACGUGAUUGCGACGGAGGACGGGCCUCAGACAUUGGUGGGGAGGUUCAUGUACGGCCCUCUGGACAUGGUCACGCUCACAGGAGAGAAGGUGGAUGUGUAUCUGGCGACGCAGCCCGGAUCAGGACGCUGGGUUCUGUUCGACACUGAGGUAACCUCCAGCAGCGGGCGUGUCACCUACACCAUUCCUGAACACAAGAGGCUCUCGGUUGGUGUUUAUCCCAUCAAAAUGGUGGUCAAAGGUGACCAGACAAGUGCAGAGGCGUUCCUCACCGUGCUGCCUAAAGCAAUGGAGUGUGUGGUGUUCAGCAUCGAUGGCUCCUUCGCUGCCAGUGUCUCACUCAUGGGUAGUGACCCAAAAGUCCGACCUGGAGCUGUAGAUGUGGUUCGGCACUGGCAGGACCUCGGCUACCUGAUCAUCUACAUCACUGGUCGGCCCGACAUGCAGAAGCAGAGGGUGGUGUCAUGGCUCUCGCAGCACAACUUUCCCCAGGGCAUGGUGUUCUUCUCUGAGGGGCUCGUCCACGACCCACUGCGCCAGAAAACCAUUUUCCUCAGGAGCCUCAUAAAAGAGUGCCACAUUAAAAUCGGUGCGGCGUACGGCUCUAUGAAGGACAUGUCUGUGUACAGUGCACUCGGUCUGGAGGCCACACAGAUCUACAUCGUUGGAAGACCAUCCAAGAAACACCAGCACCAGUGCCAGUUCCUGAGUGAAGGUUACGCCGUGCACCUGUCUGCUCUGGAGUUCGAGCAUGGCUCACGUCCCAAGAAAAACCGCAUGAUCCUGCGCCAGGGCUCAUUCGGCCUCUCGUCCAAGCCGGACUUCCUGACGCCGUCGCCCGAUUUCUUGACGUGUAAGCGCACGCCGCUGCUGCGCCGAGCCAUGUCCAUGCAGCAGGCAUCCCCGCCUUCGUCCUUGACGUCCACGCCGAAACCGGAGCGCGCUCAGAGCCAGCCCGAGAGCCACCGGGACGGGCCUGAGAUCCGCAUUGAAUUUGAUGAUCAGGACCCAGAAACAGGAGUAUUUACCGCAGUAAUAUGAAGGAAUGAAUUGAUCAUUAAGUGAGAACAAAACUGAAAGGAGAUGUUGUGCUUACGGCUUGUGGUAUGACUAAUUAUAUAUUUGACGUUCAAAAUUGUUUCCACAAAUGUAACUUUUGCUCCAUGCCCCAGAUAAAAUCAGCACUGGACGCCGGUCUGUUUCACACAGACCCCCAUUCUCCCCCUCACCCCCCUGUUAUUCUUAUUAUAUAUGUUUUAAAGCAAUCCGCAGACAGACAGCAACACGGUGCUUGGCGCAGGGCAGCAGGCUACCAUUUGUUACUGCUGACAACCUGAGAGGCUCAUUUACUUAGCCAGCUCCCGUUUGGUUUAUGCUGACGCACUCGAGCUGCUCUGCGUCACUCUGUUGCUCCACUAGCCUCCGGAUCUUGAAUAAACCAAUCAGCACGA